GUUUGCGUGGAUGCUCGCGUUCCCUGGAUCUGAGGAGCAAUUUAGUGGAGCAGACGCGCAGUGGAGACUAGUAUGUGCCCUUAACGAGAAAUUCGUGCCAUCGCCGUUCAUUCAGCGGCCCGUUGCUUUCACCCCGGACACAGAGCAGCCCAUCAGUUCAUACAAACCCCGACUAGUCGAUAAGAGAGCGGAAUACCGCAGGUUGCUUGACCUUGCAUUGAAUGUCAUAACAGGCGGAUUUUUAGAGCCCGGACACGGUUUCAUCCGCCACAGCCAUGGAGAUUGUGACACAUUUAAUUAACGACACCAUAGAGUUCUACAAAUGGACCCUAACCAUUGCAGACAAGCGCGUGGAGAAAUGGCCUCUGAUGGACAACCCCCUGCCCACGCUAGCCAUCAGCACCUCCUACCUGCUCUUCCUCUGGCUGGGGCCCAAAUACAUGAAGAACAGAGAGCCCUUCCAGCUACGCAAAACCCUCAUUGUGUACAACUUCAGUAUGGUCUUCCUCAACUUCUUCAUCUUUAAAGAGCUGUUUAUGGCAGCACGGGCGGCACGAUACAGUUACAUCUGUCAACCUGUGGACUAUUCAGAGGACCCCAAUGAAGUCAGGGUGGCCGGAGCUCUGUGGUGGUAUUUCAUCUCUAAGGGUAUUGAAUAUCUGGACACGGUGUUUUUCAUCCUGAGGAAAAAAUUCAACCAGGUUACCUUCCUGCACGUCUACCAUCACUGCACCAUGUUCACGCUCUGGUGGAUCGGCAUCAAAUGGGUGGCAGGAGGACAGUCAUUCUUCGGUGCACACAUGAACGCAAUGAUCCAUGUCUUGAUGUAUCUGUAUUAUGGCCUGGCGUCCUGCGGACCCAAGAUUCAAAAGUAUCUGUGGUGGAAGAAGUACUUGACCAUCAUCCAGAUGAUUCAGUUCCACGUCACCAUCGGCCACACAGCCCUGUCGCUCUACGUCAACUGUGACUUCCCCCACUGGAUGCACUACUCCCUCAUCUGCUACGCCAUCACCUUCAUCAUCCUGUUCGGCAACUUCUACUACCAGACCUACCGCCGCCAGCAGCCCUCUCGACGCGACGCCUCCUCUUCCUCCAAAGCGAGCAAGGCUCUCUCGAAUGGCACCCUCAACGGGCUCAGCAAAGCCGCCAACGGUGCGCUGCUGGCGGGCAGCAAAGAGGAGAAGCCCCAGGAGAACUCUGGGAGGAGAAAGAGGAAAGGACGGGCUAAACGAGAUUAGAGGAAGAGGAGCCAGAGAGGUUCGGGUGAGGUAGAGACUUGCUUUGGCUACUAGGUUGAUAGUGCUAAAUCAUGAAAGACUUAAUUUGAGGUUGAUUUAGACGGGUGGAUGAGUUCAGGCAUGAUGUGUUUAUUUAAGCCAUGAUCUGUUGUAGAUAAAAUAAGAGACAGGCCUUUGUUUAGAGAGGAUCGUUCAGUUAGUUAGAGGUGUAAAAGUUCAAGAUGACCAUUAUCAGAAAUAACCCAAAACACAAUAGUGUCUGGUAUGGGACAGACGUUUGUAUUCCUUCUCUUUAUUGUGGUGCCAAGUACUGUGGAGCUGGUUUUAAAAGCGGUCAACUGAAAACUGAGCCUGAAGAGAAAAAACACAUAGUUUACCCGGUCCGUUCUCCGGCACACCGGAGAAAGCUACAAUCAAAUGCACCUGGGCUGCUUAAGAAAUAAAAACUAAACAGAAAUUAUACGUCGUAGAUUACACACUGUUGUUAAUAGCAAACACUGCUGUAUUGAGACGGGAAUACACAUCACGACACACGCACAAACAUGUCGGUUUAUAUUUGGCUGUAUGAUUUUGUUGUUUGCCUGUACAGAUAUAAAACUACAAUAAUGUACACUAUCAUGUCAUUAUUUUUGUCCUCAACUUAUUCAAGCUAUCGUUGAUGUUACAGUUAACUGUCUGCUCACACUGACACCUCUGCAAUUAUCCUUUUAUUUGUGCUGAUGCUGGUUGUCUUUAUUUAUUAUUAUUUAUUUAUUUAUUUAUUUAGGGAUGUGGACUCUCUCCUCCGAGCUGUCAUCCAUUAGCGCACAGUGACAUUCUGAAAAAAAAAAGAAGCCGAAAAUAACAAUAACCAGAAAUAAGGUGUGCAUAGAAGUAGAAAAUAUGAAUUUCCAGCCCUGUGAGACUUGUGCGGUAUUGUUCGAUUGCUACUUUGAGACGGAAUAACCAUCAACUUUAGCUCAUAUUGGGUUGAAAUUUUGAUUAUUCUCUAUUUCUGCAAACAACCACAACUCAUUUUCUAUAUCCCUACGUGUAUGUCAUGUGAUGAAAUGUAAUAAAUAUUAUCCAGAGACAUGAUGUAUCCGAUGCGUAACUCAAUGUUCCCCUCUCGGACAGCGAAGCGGGUGGAGUUUUGUCUUUGCCGAUGUUUACCUGUCUUUUUAUAAUAAAGUUGUUGUUUGUCUUAGAUUGCUGGUGAAAAUGUUGUGUGCCGAACAAAGACGUGGUGACAGUGGUGUUCUGGCCUCCCUUUUGUAUUUACGGAGAGUUCAGAGCUAGCUUCCAGCCACUUUUUUUUUGUUAUUUUUUUGUUUUUGUUUUUUUUUAAUCCUGUUAACUGUUUUCUUUAUAUCGUCGCAUAUUCAGUCAGAUAUCUAUUUGCAUCUACGCUCAACUCAUGUCCUGAGCUGGCUUGAAUGUAAAUUUAUCAGGGGAAAAUUUAGAAAAAAAAGUUAAAGGUUAUGAUUUCUAUACAAAAAGAGCGAGUGAACCUGAUACGCUGACUAUGUAUGUUAUACCACUAUUGCUCUGCCUGAAGUGUAUAGAGUAUAAAUCAAUGAUCGGCUCUAUAUCAGCAAAUUUCUGCUCCAUGUAAUCCAUCAAGCAAAGCAUUUUGAUGUUAUUUAUGAGUUUAUUGCUAAUUUAUUUUAAUGUAAAUGCUGAUUUCCAUCUAGCUGAGGUUGCUUAUCUGUGUAUUUUGUCUUCUUUUGCGUUGUACAUAUUACAUUGUGAUAUUUUGUACACGGUGCAUUUGAAUAUGCUCCCAGCUUGCUAGCUUUGGACUUUUGUCCCCCUCUCCCCCCCUUUUUUUAAUAUCAUAACUUUGAACUGUCUUCUGAUUAAAUUAAACUGAAUGCCUGUUCAAA